AUGGGUGGGAUUAAUCCAGUCAAAUGGUGGUUAUUCCUGUAUCUAUCAACCUAUCUCACAAUCAACAACAUUGCUCUCUCAUCCACCAACAAUGGCGUCUCCAAGAAAACUUAUAUUGUUCACAUGGAUAUCACCGCCAUCCCUACCACCUUCACCGACCAUGUUUCGUGGUACUCAUCGCUCGUGAAAUCAGUUGCAGUUCCAUUGGAUGAUUUCAAUGAAGAAGAAGAAGAAGAAAGGGUGAUGUAUACGUACCAGUCGGCUUUCCAUGGUAUGGCGGCACGGCUGAGCGAGGAGGAAGCGGAGCGUCUGGAGGAUCAGAAUGGCGUUGUUAGCGUACUCCCCGAGGUAAGAUAUGAACUUCAUACCACACGAAGUCCAAUGUUUCUAGGGCUUGAACCACAAGAUAGUACGAGCGUCUGGACUGACAAAUUGACUGAUCACGACGUCGUUGUCGGUGUACUGGAUACCGGAAUCUGGCCGGAGAGUCAGAGUUUCAACGACACUGGAUUUACCCCGGUUCCCGCGCACUGGAGAGGCGGAUGUGAAGUGGGCCGGGGUUUCGAAAAGCGUCAUUGUAAUAAAAAGAUAGUCGGGGCUAGAGCGUUUUACCGUGGAUACGAAGCUGCCACCGGUAAUAUAAACGAGGAGAAAGAAUACAAAUCUCCUAGAGAUCAAGACGGGCAUGGAACUCACACGGCGGCGACAGUUGCAGGUUCGCCGGUGCAUGGGGCAAAUCUUUUGGGGUACGCUUACGGCACAGCUCGAGGAAUGUCCCCCGGAGCUAGAAUUGCUGCCUAUAAAGUGUGUUGGACCGGUGGGUGUUUUAGCUCUGAUAUUCUCUCCGCCGUUGACAAGGCGGUGACAGACGGAGUCAAUGUCAUGUCUAUUUCUUUAGGCGGUGGAGUUUCGUCGUACCACCGUGACAGUUUAUCGAUUGCAGCUUUUGGAGCCAUGGAGAAGGGGAUUCUCAUUUCCUGCUCCGCAGGAAACGGUGGGCCUGACCCGGUCAGCCUAACUAAUGUUUCUCCAUGGAUUACGACAGUCGGAGCAAGCACCAUGGACCGAGAUUUUCCCGGGUCUGUGAAGCUCGGAUCCGGGGCGAUGCUAAAAGGAGUAUCUCUUUACAAAGGGCGAAGAAAUCUAUCGCCAAAAAUGAUGUACCCAGUGGUUUACACCGGGAGUAAUUCAAGUAGCCCCGACCCAGGUUCUCUGUGUUUGGAAGGAACUCUGGACCCACAUGUGGUUUCCGGGAAGAUUGUGAUAUGCGACAGGGGAAUCAGUCCUCGAGUUCAAAAAGGUCAAGUGGUGAAACAAGCAGGUGGCAUCGGCAUGAUUCUGUCCAACACCGCCGCCAACGGAGAGGAACUCGUGGCGGACUGCCACCUUCUUCCGGCGGUGGCUGUCGGAGAAAAAGAAGGAAGAGCAAUCAAACAGUAUGCGAUGACAGGUCGAAACCCCACAGCAAAUCUCGCAUUUUACGGGACUAAAAUCGGUAUAAAACCAUCUCCGGUGGUGGCCGCUUUUUCAUCCAGAGGACCUAAUUUCCUGUCAUUGGAGGUUUUAAAGCCGGAUCUGGUGGCUCCGGGAGUGAACAUACUUGCGGCAUGGACCGGCGACAUGGGGCCAUCAAGUCUGGAGACUGAUCGCCGGAGAGUCGCGUUCAAUAUUCUCUCAGGAACUUCCAUGUCAUGUCCUCACGUGAGUGGUGUUGCUGCAUUACUCAAGGCAAGACACCCAGAGUGGAGCCCAGCUGCUAUAAAAUCAGCCCUAAUGACAACCGCAUAUAUCCAUGAUAACACCUAUCACCCUUUACAUGAUUCUUCAACCGGUGGACUAUCCAGCCCGUAUGACCAUGGUGCGGGUCAUAUCAACCCGUCUAAAGCGGUUGACCCGGGUUUGAUUUACGACAUUGGCCCACAAGAUUACUUUGACUUUUUAUGCACACAGGGUUUGACCCGAAUUCAGCUCAUGGUUUUCGCUAAGUAUUCAAAUAGGACAUGUCAUCAUUCGCUUUCCGGCCCGAGUGAUUUGAACUACCCGGCUAUCUCAGUUGUGUUUCCAGAAGAUAAAAGAGUUUCUAGUUUGACAGUUCAUAGAACUGUGACUAAUGUCGGACCUCCGCUUUCAAAGUACCAUGUUGUGGUUUCAGAAUUCAAAGGUGUGAAUGUGAAGGUGGAGCCAUCUACAUUAAAUUUCACCAAAAAAUAUCAGAAACUGUCGUACAAGGUCACGUUUACAACAAAGACUAGGCAAACAGCACCACAGUCUGGGGCUUUGAUUUGGAAAGAUGGUGUACACAGAGUAAGAAGCCCAGUUAUACUCACAUGGUUGUCACCACUAUAA